CUGCGCAGAAUCAACCUUAAUUAAUUUCUGCAAUGGAAAUUAUUCAUCACCACAAUCUAGCCAUGAAAACAGAAGAAGAAAAACUCCCACCAUUGAUCCAAGCCAUUGCAGCACGAGAGAUCGCAGGUUUCGACAAUGCUAAUAACCUGCACCUGCACGAUCUCAAAAUCUCUAUCCUCGAUGCUAAUGAAGAACAGAAACAAGUGUCCAUCAGUAUGCCGUCUUCCCCAAUCGAAGUUCACGUCGGAAGCAGCACUCUUUAUCCAAUGUCCGAUUCCGCCGCCAAAUUCCACUCGCAGCCAAUCCCUAAUAAUAAUAAGCUUAAGUACCAAAGAUUCGAUUCCUUCAAGACAUGGUCGGGCAAGCUUGAGAGACAGAUUUCCAAUCUCCGAGGUAAGCCCUGCGAGAUCCACGAAAACGAUGAUAUCGAAAAUCUCCCCCUCGAUCGAUUCUUCGACGCCUUGGAAGGCCCUGAAUUGGACACUCUUCGCGCGUCGGAGGAGAUAAUCCUGCCGGAAAACGAGAAGUGGCCGUUCCUCCUCCGGUUUCCGAUCUCGACGUUCGGAAUAUGCCUCGGCGUCAGCAGCCAAGCCAUUAUGUGGAAGGCUCUUGCAACCUCGGACUCCACGAAGUUCCUCCACGUCACGCCGGAGAUAAACCUUGCCCUCUGGCUCGUCGCCGCCGCCCUCGUCGCCGCCGUCUCCGCCGUCUACUCUCUAAAGGUCAUCUUCUACUUCGAAGCCGUCCGCCGCGAGUACUUCCACCCGGUGCGCGUGAACUUCUUCUUCGCGCCGCUCGUCGCCGUCGUCUUCCUGGCCAUCGGAGCGCCGCCGCCGGUCGCCGGAAAACUCCACUCUGCGGCGUGGUACGCUCUGAUGGCGCCGAUCCUGUGCCUGGAGGUGAAGAUCUACGGGCAGUGGAUGUCGGGCGGGCAGCGACGGCUGUCGAAAGUGGCGAACCCGUCGAACCACCUGGCAGUGGUGGGGAACUUCGCCGGCGCGGUGCUGGGGGCGGCGAUGGGGCUGAAGGAGGGGCCGGUGUUCUUCUUCGCGGUGGGGCUGGCGCAUUACGUGGUGCUGUUUGUGACGCUUUACCAGAGGCUUCCGACCAACGAGACGCUGCCAAAGGAGCUCCACCCGGUGUUUUUUCUGUUCGUCGCCGCCCCGAGCACCGCCGCCGUGGCCUGGACGGAGAUCCGGGACUCCUUCGACCAUGGCUCCCGGAUCGCCUACUUCAUCGCCUUGUUCCUCUAUUUCUCGCUGGCUGUACGUGUUAAUUUCUUCCGUGGCUUCAGAUUCUCGUUGGCGUGGUGGGCGUACACGUUUCCGAUGACGGGCGCGGCGGUGGCGACGAUGAAAUACGCGGACGCGGUUCCAGGUGCGGGGACACGAUUGUUGGCGGUGACGCUGUGCGGGGUGGCGACGGUGGCAGUGGCGGCGCUGCUGGUGGCGACGGUGGUGCACGCGUGCGUGCUCAAGGAUCUGUUCCCCAACGACAUGGCUAUCGCGAUUAGCGGGAAGAGACCUAAGAUGACACGAAAAUGGCGCCAUCGUUAUCGUCGGAGAUCAUCAAGCAGCUCGUCGACGACGGAUUCUGAUUAUUGCCAAGGAAAUUAGCUAGCUAGGGUUCGUCGGAUGCCACCAUGAUUUGACAGUACAUGCAGCUGCAGAUUUGGCAAAGUAAGAAGAGGAUGAUGAUCUCGGGUCGGGUCGGGUUUGCCCACGCUGCUAAUAUUAGUUAUAUUAUUAUUAUAGUAUAUCAACGGAGGAACCGUCUAGAAUGUUCCGGUGAAGUUGAUGAUGAUUGAAAAUAUUCGUUCUCUAGCUCCCUCUGAUUGGCGGGCUGAUGUUGAAAAAUAAAAAUUGAUGAUUGAAUUAUAUAUUGAAGUGUGUUUC